AACUAAAGAACACACCAAUAUCACUGCCGAGAUCAGACCUCCAAAAACCAGAGGCUAACACCGCCAGCCAACAAGAACAUGGACCAGCCACUACCAUCCUCAGCCCACUCCAAGAGUUGGAGUAUACAUACCCGACCCGAGAUCAUCGCCAAAUACGAAAUCUACGAAAGAGUAGGCUCCGGUGCCUACUCUGACGUUUACAAGGCUCGCCGUCUCUCAGAUAACACCAUCGUUGCUCUUAAAGAAAUCCACGACUAUCAAUCGGCUUUCCGUGAAAUCGAGGCCUUACAGAUGCUCCAGAACUGCCCUAAUGUUGUGAUUAUGCACGAGUACUUUUGGAGAGAAGAUGAGGACGCCGUUUUGGUUUUGGAGUUCCUGAGAACGGAUUUGGCUGCUGUAAUUAAGGAAGGGAAAAAGAACGGGAUUAGUGUUGGAGAGGUUAAGAGAUGGAUGGUGCAGAUAUUGUGUGGUGUUGAUGCUUGCCAUAGGAAUAUGAUUGUGCAUCGGGAUUUGAAGCCUGGUAAUCUGUUGAUUUCAGAGGAUGGUAUUCUCAAGUUGGCUGAUUUUGGCCAGGCAAGAAUGCUCAUAGAGCCCGCAUUUGUUGCUACUGAUGGGAACCCUCAGCCAUAUGACCAAAACCCUGUUGAUCAGGAACAAGUUGUUCCACCAGCUGAGAUUGUUCCUGACGUGGACAAUUUGUCUCAGGAGGCACAAGGAAACCAAGAGCAAGGUCUUGUAAGAAUAGAUGGAAACCAAGAACAAGGUCUUGUAAGGAUCGAUGAAUCAUUUGGAGAAGUAAAUGAACUCAAGGCUCAUGAUUACUUGGAUGAAACAAGUAUUCGAGAUGGUGAUACGUCUUGUCUUGCAACAGGGACAGCAAGCGACAUUGGAGAUGAUAUUUUCAAGAGUUCUUACUCUUAUGAGGUUGAAGAAGGUGCGGGCGAUAGACACGGUUCACUUACUUCAUGUGUUGGAACUCGCUGGUUCAGGGCUCCUGAACUACUCUAUGGAUCCACAGACUAUGGACUGGAGGUAGACCUGUGGUCAUUGGGCUGCAUUUUUGCCGAACUCUUAACCCUCGGGCCCCUUUUCCCAGGGACGUCUGAUAUAGAUCAACUCAGCAGAAUUAUCAACGUUCUAGGCAAUUUAACAGAGGAGGUAUGGCCAGGCUGUUUAAAACUUCCUGAUUAUGGAACAAUUUCUUUUGCUCAGAUUGAAAAUCCCAUUGGUUUAGAAGCCUGCCUCCCUAAUCGUUCCCCUGAUGAAAUCUCUCUAGUCAAGAAACUGGUUUGUUAUGACCCAGUUAACAGAGCGACAGCAAUGGAACUGCUCCAUGAUGAGUAUUUCAGCAAAGAACCUCUUCCUGUUCCCAUCUCUGAGCUUCAUGUACCUUUGGCAAAUAGUGGACAAGAUGAGGAUUCUCCUGGUGGUUGGAAUGACUAUGAUAGGGGAUCUGAUUCCGAUUUUGAUGAAUUUGGCCCCAUGAAUAUUACAACAAACGCCUCUGGUUUUUCCAUACAGUUCCUCUGAGCUCAAACUUGAUGAGGUCUGUUUUUCUCUGUAUCUUCUGGAAUUUCAUUAUUUUUGUUUAAUUUUUUUGGCAUUCUUAGCGCGAGGCUCUUUGCUUUAAGAGGUGAGAGGAGAGUUGUCUUUUGUAUGCAGCCUUCUGUUGCACUUUUGGCAGAGAGGGUUUUUCCGCUUCUUGAAUCUGUGACCUGUUGCGUGUAGACUUGCUUCUUACGUGCAAGAAAAAUUCAGUAAUUUCAUUAGUUAAUUAUAAAAAUUAAUGUAUCCUAGAAUCUUUUGAUUCUCAUGUUUUAUGCUCAAGUGAUGCAAAGAAUUUUCCUUGUUAA